AUGUUUGGAACAUUUGUGAGAUGUAAAGCUAUUGCAAUGCUUAUGGGAAAUGCGGUGUGCAAAUUUUUGCAGCCUUCAAUUUAUGAGAGUAUAAUUCGAGUCAAGAAAUAUCCAUAUCUUCCUGAUUUACCGCCUUCCCGAGUCAGUGUGCAUACAGUAAAAGUUGAACAAAUAAUGGUGAAGGAUGUUAUUUAUAUAACGAAAUCCACAACUUAUCGUGAACUUCGUGAAAUACUCCGCUUUGCACCAACGCUAAAAAGCUUUCCCGUUGUCACCGAUCGCAGUAAGCUGCAUAUGUGUUGA